AGAAAUGACAAAGGUCUACCUUCUACACAUCGAACGCUUUUGCUGCACGACCUGUAAGAUGAGGCCUUCUACUAGCAAUGGAAGGUCAUCUUCUAGACGGUGGAGAUCUAGUUGUAGCUCGAAGAGGAAAAAGAAGAUUUCCAGCAUCCACCUGCUGUCAGGCGUACUGACCUAUUUCUUCGCUUUAGCUGCGCUCGACUUUGAGUUGUUGGUUCAGGCGAGCCGUGGACCAUCGUCAGAAGACAAGCGACGUGGCCCUUCCAGACCUACUGGUGCAGUAUUAACUGCUAGAGCAACUGGGGCAGCUAUUAUGAUCGGCGGUGGACGAAUUGACUAUAUUAUUUAAAAACAACCGGUUAGUUUUUACCUCUAAGACUUAGGCUUAUCCCAUGCAGCAAUAUAUUAAUUAGUGGCACAUGAUCAGGUAGUAGUAGUACUAGGUGUAGAGUUGAUCGUCUUUUCAUCUAAUACAAGUUCUCCCACCCCGGGACCAGCAUCCUCUUCGAAGAACCUGCCUGGGCGGCCGUCUAGGCCUGCUUCUCGGGAAAAGCGAAAAUUGCAA